ACACUCGUCCUUCAACUCAUUGGCUCGUAAAUAAUUUAGACUGAUUCGUCUGCCGCAAAAGAAGAAGUUACAGUAGAAAAUCUGGAGGGAAGUAUGCAAAGACUAGGUAGUUUGCUGCUAAAAUCCAGUGAAGUAAUUCAAGGCCUUCGUUUUUAUUCUCAAGGCAUAAGAGCAAUCCAAGACCUUGAUUUGCUCAAAAUCUUGCAAUCUGAAAUUAACCAUGAACUCACUUCCAAACCCCCCGCCCAGGGUGAUGAAAGUGGGUCCUUGCUGGAUUUUGUGCUAGAAUGGGAUUCUCCAAAAACCCAAGAUGUUGUUCUGCGAAAGAAAUCUGAGUCGGGUGAGGAAGUUGCUAUUUCAGCCCUAUUACGGGGGCAGUCUUUUGAACCAGAUGGUGAAUUUCCCCCAGCCACUGAUGUUAAGAUGAAAGUGUGCAUAAAGAAGCCUGGGUUGAGAUCCAUCCUGCUGUUUGAUUGUGAAGUUUCUAACAGAGGUGAAGACAAGUCAGGCUUCAAUAUCCAGAAUGCCUAUUACAUCCAAUCAGCAUCUUGCUUGAGUCCUUCGGUAUAUAGAGGCCCCUUAUUCAGUGACUUGGACCCUCAGUUGCAAGAUGAGCUCAAGAAGUAUCUAGAGGCCAGGGGAAUCGGAGAGAGCCUUCUGAAUUUUCUCCGUCUUCACCUAAGGAAGAAGGAGCAGAGUCAGUAUGUGAACUGGUUGCAGAAAUUGGAAUCUGCUUUCAGGGAAAGUGAUUGACAUGGACAAAUGCUAAUGGGGGGUUUUAGGAUUUAAUACUUUCACAACUCUUGGUGUACCAUCUCAUUGUUAUUGAGGGGGAAAAUUGCGCUGUCUGUGGAUUUUGAUUUUCCGAGAGCCUGUUUUCACUGAGUUUCCCAAGGAAACUUCACUACUAUCAGCUGAUUGUACAAUUUUGCCCAUUUAAGUGUAUCAUCUCCCCCAUACAAUAUUUAGUCUGUAUUUUCAUGAAGAUGCAAAUGUUCCACCACCUUAAAUGCCUUGA